AUAUCAAAAUUCAAGACCCCUUAAAAUGAAGGCGGUGUUUCGAAACGUCUUUUCUGCGGUAUCUCGUUCUUUAAACCCUAACCCUCACUCUUCAUUUUUCCUUCCCACCCUGCGCACAUUCUCAUCCAUCAUUCUUCCUCCCUCUCCCUUUCCAUUCAGAAACAACGCGUUUCGUUUGCUCUCUGCUACUUCUCACUCUUCUUCGAUGGCGGAAGACGGGACCUCUUCUUCUGUGGAGAAGCAGUUCGAGAGCUUCAGGUGUCAGCUGGAAGAGUCCGGAGGCCUACGCGAACGGGUGCGAGCCAUUGCGAUGGAGAUCGAGUCCGCCACUAGGCUCAUGCAUGCGAACCUUCUUCUCGUUCACCAGUCUCGCUCUGUUCCAGAGGUUUUAGAGAAGGCUAGCAGUCAGAUUGCUGUGCUGAAGAAACUUUACAACCAACUUGGUGUGGUUCUUCAGGAAUGCCCUGGGCAGUAUUACAGGUAUCAUGGUGAGUGGAGGAGUGAGACACAGACAGCAGUCUCAUUGCUCACGUUUAUGCAUUGGUUAGAAACAGGAAAUCUUCUUAUGCAUACUGAAGCCGAGCAGAAACUUGGCUUGAAUGCUUCAGAUUUUGGUCUGGAUAUUGAAGACUAUUUAAUUGGAGUUUGUUUCAUGUCCAAUGAAUUGCCAAGGUAUGUGGUGAACCAAGUGACAGCUGGUGACUAUGAUUGCCCAAGAAAGGUGUUGAAGUUCUUAACAGAUCUCCAUGCAGCUUUCCGCAUGCUUAAUCUCCGGAAUGAUUUUUUACGGAAGAAGUUUGAUGGAAUGAAGUAUGACCUUAGAAGAGUUGAAGAAGUUUACUAUGAUGUUAAGAUCCGAGGCUUGGCUGACAAAGCUGAAGAAGCUUCCUAUGAUAUUAAGAUCGGGGGUCCGGAUGAUCAUGGGGAUCCCGCAGGAGAUGAAGGAACCCAUAAACAAUCGUAGGGUAGGAAAGUGGUGACUAUAUCUUGGGUCAGUAAUUUCGACAAAGGAUUAAAAAAACCUAGGGUUGACGUUUUGGUAGCAAUUCCUUCUUGAUGGGAUAGAGCUAGAAUUUUGCUGGGUAAGUAUUAACAAAGGGAAAAAGGUUUUGAUGAAAUGGUGAAUGUUUGAAUUAUAUUUAAACUCUCUUGCUGUGUGCAGAGUGUUGGAGAAGGUAUCAAAACAAGGACCUUUUAAAUU